UAAACUCGUCGCUUGGAUUUAGAUGUUAUUAAAUUGUCUCUCGCCUUAAUUUUCCUAUAGUUUACAAUAGCCAUGGCGUCUUUCGACUCUGUCAGCGAUAACUUGCCUCUAGACCCAUCCAGCUAUCCCAAACUGUCAACAGAGCAAGCAGGUCAUCUCCGACACUUUCACAAUUUAAGCGCCGCCAUAGAUGGAGACUGGCCACACAUGGGGGCCCAGGAGCCCGCACAGGAGUUCCUCGACGCUUACCGGUAUCAACUGGCGACGAUGGCCUAUGCAGCUGCCCUUACACACUACCAUCGACUACCAGCUAUGAGAGGCCUGUUCAAGCAGCUCUUUUGCCGCUUGAUUCACAAAAUGCUAAGACGCGAAGUGUGGGGUUAUUGGUAUCUCACAUCUCAGUCAGGGAUUCGGGUAGAUCCUGAUCUGAAAGAACUUCGCAAGCCGUGGGCCGACCCAGUUGUCCGCGAGAAUAUCAUGUACAGUGGACAUUUGCUCCUGAUGACCAGUCUCUAUGCUAUGUUGUUUGAUGAUGAUGAGUUUGAGCAGGCUGGGAGUCUGAGUUUUCACUGGAACCCGCUGUUCUGGGGAAUGGGGGAUGAGACUUUCGUCUAUGAUAAUAGGAGCUUGCAGGAUGCGAUUAUUGCUGAAAUGGAGAGGAAUGAUUGGGUUGGUGUUUGUUGUGAGCCGAAUCUGGUUUUCGUGGCUUGCAAUCAGUUUCCGAUCAUCGCUAUCCGGUUGAACGAUGUCCGCAAUGGGACCAAUGUACUGGACGGAGUACUUGGGAAAUACAAGGCUGCGUUGGAGAAGAAGAAUAUGAUUUCACGCAAUGACUUGUACAAGGAUUGGGUGAGUGUUAAGCAGGGAUACACGGCAACAGCCAAGAGCGUCGGCUUUACCGCAUGGGCUGCGGCGUUUAUGAACACUUGGAACUCGGAAUUCGUUCGAUCAGGAUUCAACAAUCACGCACUUGGGUUCAUCACCGACUUUGAUGGCGAAGUCGAACUCCAGCAUCCUAUGGUAGCAAGCGCAUAUCGAGCAAUUGUCGCACAACGGCAGGAUGCGCCAAAUCCACAACAAACUCUUCAGAAGGCUCGGGAAUAUUACAGGGCGAACAAGGACAGCAUUAAAUUCCCAUACAAGGAGCCGACCCUGGGCUAUGUUGUCAAGUGGCUGUCAGAGCUUGGUAAAACCGUUGAACUACAUGGCCUUCUAGAAUCCAUCGACAAAAAUCUACAGCCGACGUGGGAAAACGGAGGUCUUUACUACCCCAGAAAUGACCAGCAAACCGACCUCGAAGGACGGUGGAUGCAUAUGGAUCCUUUCACGGGUAACGCAGCUAUUGGGUAUGCCAGAUUAAACGUGGAGAAUGGACAAAAGAAGAUAUGGGACUCUCCAUGGACAAAGGAGGAUCUGGCCAGUCGUCCGUGGGUGGAUGGAAUAGACUAUUCUCAAGGAGUUAACUGCUUAAGAGGUGUUUGGGAUGGCACAGCUAGUGCCAUGAUUAUCACCCUUGAGGAAUGGGCUGCCAAAGGUAUGAAGGUGGCUUUUGAUGUCAAGAACUUGCCCGAGGAUCGCUGGGUUGUUUAUGAAAGACACGGACUGGUUCUGAGUCGCCGGCUUGUUGAAGGGGUGAGUGUUCAUGUGGAAGCGGAUAUUGGGCCAGGGGAAGAGGUAGACUUUGUGAUUGUCAAAGAAGCUUCUUCUUGUAGGUCGGGAUUGUAGGGUCGGUUGGCUUAUCGAGAGAAGAAUGUCAACUGGAAUCAACCCAUACUCAAAAUGCCUCAGCAAUAUCAACGAUAAUAUCCUCGUACAUAUGAGUUUGAAUUGAUUCCCACACUGCUGAGUGAGCUUUAGAGUACUCAAUAAACGCCCAGUGCGUGGUCAAUACUGCUAAG